UAUCAGUCGUGGCAGUAGAAGCUAUCAGACAUGCUGGUAAUAAUUCUGCCUUUUUUGCUAGCCGCGCACGUAGCCGUGGACGAAUCGUCCUAUAAUUCUGAUUGGCAACGAUAUGGCCUGGAAUCCACUUACGACGUUCUGGUGAACAUGUCGCUGUCUAAUAUCGUGCAUCACAGGGACAAUUUCUGCUCGAUGCUCGCGACGGAGCUGAAGUGUCGAUCCAAAGGCAGCGACACUCUAGGAUGUCGUUUCGCGAAUGGAAGAAUCGUCAGACCCGAUCCUGAAGACGACCGAUGCACGAACGCGAAGAAUUUCGUUCCGGUGAGCAACAGAUUCGUCGACGAACAGCCUUUCGAGGUUAGAUUCAACUCGAGAGGCAUCGAGAACCUCGUCGUCUCGAGGAGCAUCGCUAGAUGGAGGCUGGACAUGAUUAGAGCAAUCAUUGGUCAACUGAACGUCGGCUUUGAACUGGAAAAGGGACGACAACGGUUCGUUACCAUGGAGAACUCGAGUAUCGGGUAUUGCGAGGUGGAGAUCAGAAUGUCAAGGGCGGGGUAUGGCAGAGAGGACACCGUGGAACGUCACCGGCCAUUCGAGAUUGUCUUCGAACCGGACAGGCCUGACAUGCUGCCCUUGAACAGGGCGGUACUGCAGAUCGAGAAGGUCAGGAAACCGAAGAGCUGUCCUAAUAGGAAGAUAUACUUCUUUGGGAACCAUGAGGACUUCAGUGGGGGACAUAAGAACACUUUUAUGGAUAUGACAACAUCGUUAAGUUACAUGCGCAUAUCGGAAAGAGGAAUGCAUUCAUACACAGAAUCAACAGGAAUUAUGAGAACCUUGAACAAGCCUAGGACAAUGCAACUUCAUCAAAAGAUAAGCGUCACGUUGAAGGACAUAAAUCCUGCGCACUAUGAUUUCCCAGAGAUUGUGGAUCCAGCAUCAACCAGUUUGUACGCAUAUACUAACCUAGAACGAAUACCUGAAGAAACACAAAUGGGGUGAUGAUAGAGGAUUAUAUUUAAAUAUGAUCGAUGAAGGGAGAAUUGUACGAAUGUCUUCGAUGGAGGAUAAAUAUAACUGUUG